CUCAGUAACAAUAAAUGCACAGACCCAUCGACCGUUUUUACUGUAUUUAUCCAGCAUCUUGUGUCAAUUAUCUCCUGCCAGAACUUUGCACAGAAUUCCAGUAUAACAGGACAUUUCGGGAGCCCACGCUAUGAGCUGCUCAGAGCAUAAGGACUACCAUGAUGAAGAGUUUGAUCCCUGUCAUUUCUUUGACACGUACGCUGGGACUGAUAAGACCAUUUCUAAGGAGGAGCUGGUGGAAAAUCCCAUAAAAUUUCUCUAUAAUUUAUUGUCAUCAGGUUCUGUGAAAGGAGAAAUAUUGAUUGGGCUUAGCGUUGGCUCUUCUGUGUGGGAAAGCUUUGUUGCUGCUGAUUUCUUCAAAAAUAUUAUAUUGCUGGAAUAUUCAGACUGCUGUAUAAAAGCCUUAGAGAAUUGGAUCAGAAAUGAACCUGGAGCUGUGGAACAAGCCCAUGUUUUAGAGUUUGUUUGCUCACUUAUAGGGCAAAGUACAGAUUGGAAGAAACAUGAAGAAAAAACCAGACGGGCAAUCAAACAACUGGUAAAAUGGGACAUCACGAAAGAGAACCCACUGGGUACAGUUGUGUUGCCCCAAGCAGAUUGCUUAUUUACCAUUUUUUACUUGGAGGGCAUUAGCAAAGAUCAAGACAUCUAUAUAAACCUUCUAAAGAAAUUUUUGUCCCUUCUGAAGAUUGGAGGUCACCUGAUCCUGGUAGCAGCGAUCAACAUGUCUUAUUACACGGUCGGCCAACACAAGUUUGCUGCUCUAAAGUGCAACGAAGAUUUUAUACGAAAGGCUCUGGCAAAAGUCGGGUGCACCAUUGUAAGCUCUGAAACUCACAAAAGGAAAUUUAAAUCACCUUUAACCGAUUAUGAAUCAAUUGCCUAUUUUGUGUCUCGCAAAGACAGGGUGGGAUAACUGAUUGGAUUCAGUUGCAAUUACAUUUCUCACAUUAAUCUUGCAUUAAAUUUGCACUAUUAUGUCUACUCUUAGAUUUGUCUUCCUAAUGCAUAAAGUAUAUCCAUGAUAUAGGAAUACCAUCAUCAAAAUUAAAAAAAAAAUAUUUGCUUGAAAA